GCGCGGAGGAAUACACAACUGGGCCGAAAGACACAGCUGUGUCGGGCGCGGCCAUAUUGUGUGUGUAGCCUCAUUCUGUGUCGUGGGAGAGUAUCUUCGUUUUAUAUCGUGUAACAUCGGCCUCCCAAGCGGCUCUACACCAUGACGGAAAGGGAGGAUAACGUCUACCGGGCCAAACUGGCCGAACAGGCAGAGAGAUAUGACGAGAUGGUCGAGGCCAUGAAGAUGGUUGCAUCUAUGGAUGUUGAACUCACUGUUGAGGAGCGAAACCUUUUAUCAGUCGCUUACAAAAAUGUCAUUGGUGCCAGACGUGCAUCUUGGAGGAUCAUCUCUUCCAUAGAACAGAAAGAAGAAAACAAAGGUGGUGAAGAGAAAUUGGAAAUGAUUCGAACAUACAGGACACAGGUGGAAAAGGAGCUGAAGGACAUCUGUUCUGACAUCCUUGGGUUGUUAGACAAGCACCUUAUACCAACAGCAUCAGCUGGAGAAAGCAGAGUAUUCUUUUACAAGAUGAAAGGUGAUUACCACAGGUAUCUUGCUGAGUCUGCCACUGGCAACGACAAGAAGAAUGAAGAGGGGUAUCUUGCCGAGUUUGCCACUGCAAAUGACAGGAAAGCAGCAGCUGAAAAUUCUCUUGUUGCUUACAAAGCUGCUAGUGACAUUGCAAUGACAGAACUGCCUCCUACGCAUCCUAUUCGGCUUGGUUUGGCGCUGAACUUCUCGGUGUUCUAUUAUGAAAUUCUGAAUAGUCCAGAGCGGGCAUGUCGUCUUGCCAAGGCAGCUUUUGACGAUGCGAUUGCAGAGCUAGAUACUUUAUCAGAAGAAAGCUACAAAGAUUCAACGUUGAUAAUGCAGCUCUUGCGGGAUAACUUAACGUUAUGGACUUCAGAUAUGCAGGGUGAAGGAGAAGGUGAACAGAAGGAACAGGUUCAGGAUGUGGAGGAUCAAGAUGUGAGCUAAUGUGGUAGUGGUUAUCUGGUGGUUCUUUCACAUCCCGCCACCACCACCACCACCAUAUUGCUACCGCCACACCACCUCCACCUCCACUACCACCACAACCAACCACCCCCUUCCCACAGUGGAGCUCUUCAAUACCAAAGGCUUCUCUCCAGCACUGCCAGAGUUGUCUUUUGCAUUAUUAAAGACAUGAUUUGCAAAGGGUAGAUAGAGACUGAAGGAGCAAGAGGUAAAAUUGUCUGGCGCUCCUUUGAGGCUCAUAAUCCCUUGUCAUUGUUUUCCCUCCUUGUAAAAUAUUCUAAAGGGAAGGGCAGAAUUAUUAUUUUUUUUUAAUUUGUGUAUAUUCAUUAGUUCUAAACUACUUAUGCCAGUGGUUGCUGCUGACUAGUGAGGUAUAUUGCGUGUAAAUUUUGAGGCUUUAACCUUUGAAAUGUUAAGCAGUUGUAUAUUUAGAUGUAUUUGCAUCCAGGGUAGAACUUUUAAUCCUCAAGUUAAGGCUAUGGACUUUUUGAAGAGUCUUUCUCCUCCUCAUAAUCUGUGCAGGGACUUUGUUAUGGACAGAAGCUCCACUGUGAGGAUGGGAAAGGAUAAGGCACCAUCAUUCCAAUCCUUCGUCUUUAAGUUUCGACAUUUUCAUCACACGCCUUGUGUUGGAAAAGUUCCAUUACAUCAUUUGUUGUGUAUUUAUUAUUGAUAUUGGUAAAUAAUAAGAAAUUUGAAUAGGUAGGUUUAUUCUUUUAAUUUUUAAAUAUAGUUUUCUGUAUAUUUCUAUGUGGUCUUAGAUUAAGGCUGCAAUUUCUGUUGAACCUUAGUUGGUGUUCGGUGUCCGAAGUUGGCGCAUUUUAAGUUCCCCUGCAGCUCAAGAUUGAUUUUAAUACCCUAUAGGGUUAACCAUAGUUGGGAGUGUGCUUCUCCAACUUGGUCAACCUUUUUCAAAGUUCCUCCUUUUCCUUAAAAUCCUGCAUUGUCCUUAACCCAAUCCUUAACACAAAUCAUAUCCUACUCGUUUCUUUUUACCAUUAUUCUUCUUUCCAGUCCCAGAUUUUGAAGACCUAACAUCUUUGAAGCCAGCAUUCCCACUCAUUAUGGGACAUUAGAUAUGUCUUAGAAAGAAAUACACUUUUUUGUACCAAGCAAUCUUCUCUUUCUGUGUGUGAGUGAGCCUAAGUGCAUCCUAGCACUUUCUUUUCUCUGCUUGGGGAAAUCAGCACAGUUAUGGUGAAACUCUCUUUUUGUCAGUUGUAUUGAUUAGAUCAUUUGUAUGUCACUGCUUCAGGAGGUUUUACAUUGGGUAUAGUGUGUGUCUUAGUGGUUAUAUACAUAGGAGAAAUAUAUGUAGAUGAUUGGAAGCCCCAGUACAGUGUGUAUUUGAGGUGUAAGAUAAGAAAUUUAGUAAUACAAUAAUUUAACAGUACAGUGUUUCUAAUGCUGAAAGUUUAAUGAAACUACCCCUCUUCAAAAAGGCUGUUUUAAUACAUCGUAAUUAGGUUCGUCUGGAUACUAGUGUGCAAGAUCAAGAGGUUUGUGGUAUUGGCUGUUACAUAUUAGCAGUCUGUAAGCACAUUCAUGAGCUCCCAUUUAGUGUUUAAAUUAAUACAUGUAGGUUAUGAUUGUUGACAAUACAGUAUCUUAAACUUGGGUUUUCCAGCUCUGCAUUACAUUCCCAAUUAUCUCCCAAAUCCCUCCUCCCUCCCUCCCUCUCCCAAACCCUCAUCAGCAGCAGCCUUUUGCCGUAUAGUGUUUCCUUAGUAGAGUUUGCUUCAGUACUUGUGCUUUUCCCCAGCUCUGUGUGGUUGAGGUCACAAAGUUUAGACCAAAAAGAUGAGAGUAUUUAUGAAUCUGGAAGUAGGCGGCUGUUAUACAUGAUGAUGCCUUGCAGUAGGCCAAUAUCCUUUUUUAUUUCAUAUUACUGUGACCAGCAUGUUGCCAUUGGAUAGGUGGGAAUCCAGGAGAGCUGCAACUGGCAAAUUUGAUGUUAGAAAUUAUUUUCUUUUCCCCACUCCAGAUCUGUGUCCUGUAAUGGAUACAGGUGGAGUUGCUAACUCACAUCAUGGUCCUCUGCUUUAAUGCAGAGUGAACUCUGUAUGAAAUGAAAACACAAGCUCUUUAUUAUCACCUGCCAGUCUCUCAUUUUCAUACAAUAUAAGGAAUUUCAGUCGGCUUGCAGUUUUUUCUGUCUUAAGUUGAUCGCUUGGUGCUGUUGCCUGUGGUUGCAAGAUGGUUAACCCUAUCAUGGCCAGGGGGGUUUUUGAGCAGAAGCUAUGCAUAUGGUGUAAUUUUGAAGAGACUUGUUUAGUUUGAGGGGUGGGCAUUUAUAUGGUGCAAAUACACUUUUUUCUAAAAGACUUGAGUGAACAAGUGUGCUUAAUGUAUGUACUGUAUAAUGAAGCACUUAUAAUUUUCCCGUUAUUUAUUGAUUCACUUCACUUCACUGUUGUCUUAGGCUGUAUAGUAAAAAGUUCCUUUAUUGGAUGGUAGUUUCAUAAAGAUGCAAAUAUACUUCGAGAGUUUUCAUCAAUAAGACUUAUCAUGCCAACUUAAUUUUCCUCAUUGUCCCACAUACCAAGGGCUUCUCCCCUUCUCGUUACUUGGAACUGAAGUUUCACGUGAUGAGUGGGUGGUGCUUUUCAUUCUAAUGAAUUUGUUCCCACUAUCAGUGUGGUAAAUGGAGCUGUCUUGCUGCUUCUCUCCACAACAUAAUCCCAGUAACCCUUCCCUGUUAUAAGUUUGUUGUCCCUUUUUCAUUUUCCCUUUCCAUGCAAACUUCCCUCCCUAUCCCAUACCACAGUUACCAUUCAUGCCGGUAAUAAUUUCUUCUCAUUGUGGGUCAUCCUAGUUGCUGGUACAGUAGGCUAUGCUUAGCCCUUCCUGGCUUCUUCAGUGUCUAGUAUUUGUGUCGCAACGAGGAAAAAAUGACCAGGUGCAGAACUCCACCAAGCAAGGAGUUGCUUGUUGCGUCACAUCUUGUGCUUUGUCAUCUGAAAGAUCACAACCACCUAAUCUUUUUAAUGUCAAAACUGGUUGGAUGUUUGGUGCCAGGGGUGUGGUCAGUUGCACUCUAUAACAUCCAGAGAAAAAGCAUACACAUCAAAAGGUAAAAAUACCAUAGUAAAUACAUGCAGCAAUAGUUCUUAUAAUGGAGCUUUGAGGCUUGUUUCACAUAGCUUUCAUUGAAAGAAUCUGAUAUGUGGUGCCAUGUGUAAAACUUCCUUGAUAUCUAUUUGAAGGGUUUCUUGCAUGUCUAUGAAGUUAGUUACCUUUUGGGAGGGUGUGUGUUAGCAGUGAAGUUCAGUACAUCAGGGCACCCUUGGCACCAACUAAGUGCAUUAUUGUGCAAAAGUACAGUGGAUGACUUUCCUUGUGGUCAGUCAAUUGCAGCAGCUACUGUGGAUGUUCCAAUAAGGCUGCUACAUUACAGUACUCAUAUUUUUCACUCAUAGGGAACAAUCCUUAUUGACUCGAUGCAUCAUUUAGGAAGAUGCUGCUACUGACCGCAGCAAUUUUUUUGUGACAUUCCAGUAAGCCUUUUGGUGUUUCACCAAAACAAGCAACCAAGCGAUCACGUCUCAGCGUCGAGAUUGCUACUCAGCAGUAGCGUAUGGCACUUUCUUAACAGUUCUUGGUGCUAGCAGAAAGAUUUCCUUCAUGGACUCGUUUGGCAAUAAAAACAAAUGGCAACUGACACAGGUGCAGCAUUAUAUAAAUUCACAUGCAGGUUAUGAUGUUAGUAAUAAAAAAAAUAAAGCUUACUUAGUGUGUAAUGUUUUAAGUGUGACUAAGGGUCUGUGGUGGCAUACUUACUCUGUACAGCCUUUCAGCUAGGUGUCGCUAAAGCUCAGUUGUGGCUCACUUGUGUUGACUGGGAGACUGCUUCACUUGCGAAUGCCGUCUUUCGUGAAAAGGCAGUAGUUGGGCUUGUAAAACAGGACCAUGUCUUAGAAGUGCAUUACACCAACAACCAUAAACAGUAGCUGUCCACAAUUGGUAUGAUGUCUUGUAUUUUUUACUGCAAUAUCAAAGGUUAUAUAGAUGCUGUCCACCAAGAGUUGUGAAUCUUGCUAGAAUGUGCCCCUCUAUGUAAAUACUAAAUUGUGAUAGGCAAAGCACAUUGUGUCAAUGCACUUGCAUGUCAAAGUGUUUGAUUAAACCUCAUAUUCUCUAGAA